AUGGCACCGAAACCCGACCAAGAGCCGUUGAUAAACAGCAAUCCCCAGCUGCAGACCUAUUAUCAAUCUAUCGAGUCGAGAGUUGGAUACCGCUUGCUUCUAGGCAGCACUCGCCACUUUGGCUUCUACGAGAACGAUACCAGAUGGCCGUUCCCUAUCAGCAAAGCCCUCCGCGCGAUGGAGGACGAAUUAGCAGCAUGCUUGAACCUUUCACCUGGCUCUUACAUCCUAGACGCCGGUUGUGGUGUUGGCAACGUCGCCUACCAUUUAGCGACCAAGCAUGGCUUCAAGAUUCAGGGCAUCGACGUUGUCGAUCACCAUCUAACGAAAGCGAAACGAAACAUUACUCGAAGAGGUGUCGAGAGCCAAAUUGGAGUCCAGAAAAUGGACUACCAUCACACAGAAAGUCUCGGCACUGAAAAGUUCGACGGAGUCUACACGAUGGAGACAUUCGUGCAUGCUACCGAUCCCAAAGCGGCCCUCGAGGGAUUCUUCCGUGCUCUCCGCCCAGGAGGUCGGAUCGCCUUGUUCGAAUACGAUCAUGAGUUAAUGGAUAAGUCGCCCCAAAAGAUGGCGCACUCCCUGAACAAAAUCAACGAGUUUGCCGCAAUGCCGACGAACAAUAUGUCAAACCCGGGAGUAUUUCAGCAGAUGCUUGAAGACGCCGGGUUCACGGAUGUCGUUGUACGAGACUAUUCAGAGAAUAUAAAGCCGAUGACGCGACUCUUUUGCGUGCUGGCCUUUAUCCCCUAUCUUAUGGUUAUGCUUCUCGGCUUGGAGAGGCAUUUCAUCAAUACGGUUGCGGGAGUUCAGUCUUAUCGCGGUCGCAAACACUGGCGGUUUUUGGCUAUCUCGGCGACGAAACCCAAGACGGCUGUUGAGAGUGAAAAGAGUCGGAAGUCCGUAUCAUCUUAA